AUGAAUUCCAAACCUAAAAUUGUCACCGGAGACGCUGGCUACGUUCUCGAAGAUGUUCCUCACUUGACUGAUUACCUCCCUGACCUCCCCACUUAUCCAAAUCCAUUGCAAGACAAUCCUUCCUACUCAGUCGUGAAACAAUACUUCGUUAAUGUGGACGAUACAGUCGCCAAGCAGAUUGUUGUUCACAAAAACAGUCCAAGAGGGACUCACUUUCGGCGGGCUGGACCUCGUCAGAAGGUGUACUUCGAAUCGGAUGAAGUACAUGCUUGUAUAGUAACAUGUGGAAGUCUAUGUCCUGGUCUAAACACAGUGAUUAGAGAGAUUGUAUGUGGCUUGUACUACAUGUAUGAUGUACACAGAGUUCUUGGCAUUGAGGGAGGAUAUAAAGGUUUUUAUGCUAGAAAUACGAUCCCUUUAACGCCAAAAGUUGUUAAUGACAUCCAUAAACGUGGAGGAACCAUUCUUGGGACAUCUCGUGGUGGUUAUGACCGAGGCAUGUUUUUGCAAACUCAGGUUUAUAUAGUUGGAGGAGACGGAACUCAAAAAGGAGCUGCUGUGAUUUUUGAGGAAAUCAGGAGGCGAGGGCUAAAAGUCGCGGUGGCUGGAAUUCCGAAGACCAUUGACAAUGACAUACCAGUCAUAGACAAAUCCUUCGGCUUUGACACUGCAGUCGAGGAAGCUCAACGAGCUAUCAACGCAGCUCAUGUUGAGGCUGAAAGCAUUGAGAAUGGUAUUGGUGUAGUCAAGUUAAUGGGACGCCACAAUGGAUAUAUAGCUAUGUAUGCCACUCUAGCCAGCAGAGACGUGGACUGUUGCCUGAUUCCAGAGUCGCCCUUUUACCUUGAAGGGCCCGGUGGACUUUUCGAGUACAUAGAGAAGAGACUUAAAGAGAAUGGUCACAUGGUUAUAGUGGUGGCUGAAGGUGUAGGGCAAGAGAUCCUUUCCGAAAGUAUGCGUACUGCCCAUCAGCAGGAUGCUUCUGGAAACAAGUUUCUUCAAGAUGUUGGCCUAUGGUUAGCACAAAAAAUUAAGGAGCACUUCUCAAAGAAGCAAAAGAUGACUAUAAACCUCAAAUAUAUCGAUCCCACUUACAUGAUCCGCGCCGUGCCAGGUAAUGCUUCUGAUAAUGUGUACUGCACCCUCCUUGCUCACAGUGCCAUUCAUGGUGCAAUGGCAGGAUAUACAGGCUUCACGGUUGGCCCUGUUAAUGGAAGACAUGCCUACAUACCAUUCCAUGGGUUUACUCAAGUUGCUUAUUUCUUGUUGUUCAGCGGAUAA